AUGUCUGACCUGCUACUCACACUCUCUAACGACUCUGGCGAGCCAUUGCAGGCAGACUACGAUGUCGACCAAUGGGAACACCUCGAACUCACCUCGAAGGACCCCUGUCGAACUGAUAUAGUGAAUCCUAGCUUCCCACAAGAUCCUGUUUACGUAGUGCGAACGAAUGAGAGGGGGGCACAUCCGAUAACAACAUAUAGAAGAGCUACAGACGCCUCGGGAAACAAAGUACCUUCGAAUGAUAGUGAUGAUAAUGUUAUUGCUACUUUGGAGUGGCAUCUUUAUCGAAGUGAUAAGCUGUGUUUGAGGGGCGGGAAGAAGCAAACUGUUGGCGACUGGUUGAAGAGGAGGAAGGUUGGCCGAAUAGGGGGUGUGUCCUUUACCGAUGAGAAGGGGAAAGCAUACAUAUGGAAACCUGAGAACACAGUCAAGAGUGGUCAAGAUAAAGGAUUGACUCUUCAACUCUUCACAUCCUCCGCCUCCUCUUCAUCGCAUCCAAUAGCCCUCUUCGUGCCAGCAACGAAGGGCCGUCUACACAUAGACAAAUACGCAAAGCCAGCAAGCAUACUCUACUCUGAACGUGCAGCCCAAUUUCAGAUCCUUGACAAAAUCGUCCUGAGUGCACUAUUAAUCGAGAAAAGUAGGGCGUUCUCUGGGAAGGGUUCUACAUCUAUUCUAUCGUCGCGCGUCUCGUUAAUGGGGGUUGGUUUGACUACUGUGUAG